AUGAAGAGAAGGCAUGGGUUGUCAGUGGAGGGAAUGCAACAAGAGGCGUCGUCAGGAUGUAGCAUAGGUAAGAGACGGGAAAAAGGACCUGGAAAACGGGGAAAUGGGACUGCAAGACCCGGGGCGGGACAGGGCGGGCUUUCCCGGACCGGACAGAUCAAGUGCGCGUCGAGUCGCAGGGAUGCGGUGCCGUGCGGGCUGUUUUCCUUAGGCGCAAGUAAGAGAAUCCAGGGCACUACUUGA